GAAAUUUAUUAUAGCCUUAGCCAUCACUCUUGAGUGAUGACUUUUGAAAAUCAAUCUUACAUCUCUCUUAUAUAUAACAUCCCUUCCCUUCCCUUUAUUUUGUACCUAUCUUCUUCCUCCACCCAUUAUUAUCACAUCAUCAUCUCCUCAAAGCAGAACCAUCACAAUUGUACUAGUUGGAAGAGGAGCCCAUCAUUCAAUUCCAAAUAGUACAUUGAACACUUUAUCUACCUCAUUUUCACAUCAUAGACCGAAUGAAAAAAUUUAUAUGAUAAAAGACCACCGCUUUGCUUUUAUUUUGGUUUGUUAGAAGAAGAGGCAGGGGUGAGAUAAGGGUCUUAGGGAGUAUAAAAUUAAGAUAUUAAAGCAAGAGUUUUGGAGCUGUGAUUUUGGGUUUUAUGCUGGAAUUAACGUGUUCCAAUACUAUGAAUCUUGGGAAAUUUUCUUGGAGUUUUAGUUUCAUCUUCCACUAUAAAUCUUGUGCUUGCAGUUACAGAGACUACUCAUUAGCUGCUUUUUCUUCUUCUAGUUUGUCUUCUGGGACUGUAAUCCCUAUUCCCAGAAUGGCUUCUUCUAGUACCUGUAUCGAUAGCUCUUCCCAUUUCGCUUCCGGGUCUUCUUUGUGUUUUUAGAGGAGAGGAUAAUCUGAAAGAUUCAAUUUUGAUAAACCCCUAUUCGUCUUCCCACCGCCUUUUGGAUUCUGUUUAUUUUCUCGAUUCCUUUGGCAUCGUUUCUCAUUCUGUGUAAUCUUGAAAGUUUGUGACUUUGGUUGGUGUAAAAUUUUCAAAAAAAAAUCAAAUGAAUAUAUUGGCCGUGUCACUGCCUGUGUUCUGCAAUCAACCGAUGAUGACGACUCCUGCUCUCAAUGCAUCUUCAAUUGCUACCAAUUCGCUGGGAAUUUUUGGCAGGUGUGAUUUUGAUGGUCGUGGUGGAUGUUGGAUUGAGAAUGGAAAGAGGAACAAAUUCGCUGCCCUCACGAAUGCAAAAGCAUCCAAGAAGAGGAGGUUGAGCGUCUCACCUCUGGCUUCUUCUACUUUGGCUGAUAGCCCAAACUCUUCUAGAGCUAAUUUCUAUAAGGAGGUUCUUAAGGUUGCUAGAGAAAAAUUUACCCAAGAGACAUCUUUCCCAUCGAAGGAUAAAGAUAUCUCACUUGCAAAGGUUUUGCUUUAUGUUGCUGCUGAAGACGAGGCAUUAAUGAGUUUCAAUCGGGAGAGGGAUGCACUGUCACUCCAAAAAGAACGGAGAGAAACUUCAUCACCAAGUGAUGUUUCUUGGGAAAAUGUAGAGGAGAUGCCUCUUGCUGGAAAGAGCAUGAACCAGUGGCUGUCGGAGUUGGAUUCCAUUGCUAAGGAAGUGGAGGCUGAAUUAGUUACAAGAGACAUAGGAUGCCAUUUGGUUGAAGUUUUGGAGGCUGUGAACAUGGUACUUUUUGAGUCAAGGGGAUUCAAAAGGUCACCUAUUCUACUUGAUUCGAACUGUGCAUACUUGCACACAGUAUUAAAUUCUGGAUCCUGCAGUGCAAUUUUGCUCAGUGUAAUUUAUAUUGAGGUUUGUCGUAGACUGAAUCUGACCAUUGUUGGAUCUCGAGUUGGGGAAGAUUUUUUGAUAUGGCCUCCUGCUGGGAAUCCUGAGGAGCUAUUCAGAGUAACUUCAGGACUCAGUUUGUUUGGUGUGGUUAACGGAAAAUGUGUUGAUGACCCAAGGUCAAAGGCUUCAGAUAUAACUAGCAAUUCUCUUGAAGCGCUUGAAAUUGCGACAAACAGAGAUAUAAUUGGAAUCGCUUUGGCCAAUCUGAUUAGGUUUUACUGGAAAAGGGCUUCCAGGAGUAAUCAUGGACUGAUGCUGACUUCUCCACUUAGGCCUGCUAACUUUACUGACGAGAGAAUCACCAUUGAUUGUACAAACCUUCCUUUGUUACGUCCUCAAGAUUUGAGGUAGAGUUGAUUAUAUUAUUUGCAAUCAUACCACAAUCCCCAUCAUCGGAUAUUUUGAAUACUUUGUGACAGAAGGUUUUCAUUUUGAUGCUUUCAUAUGAUUAGUGUUGGUUCUUGCCACUUCCGUCUGUCAUUCAUAAAAUUACCUCUAUUUGACAACUCAUGUUUGACAGAAGCUAAGUGUUUAUGACUGCAAGAGUUUAGUUUACAAUGUGGGAAUUGAAGAACAAACUGAUAGACAAGGGCUCAUGAAGAAAAUGCCUACCUAUGUCACUUAUGUCUUCAAAGACCAUUAUUGUUGAAGUAAUACAGAAUUGUUAUAAAUUUGUAUUCAGCGUUGUUCAUUUUUAUUCUUGAACUAAAUGUCCAAAUUUGAUGAUUAUCAUUUUUACAAUUUUAGGCCACCGUAAAGCCAAAAGGAAAGAAGUCCUUUAAGAUUAUCAAAGGCUGUAGCAUAUAUGGGCUAGUGAUGACCUUUAAAGAAAAGGAAGUUUCUACUGGAUGUUUCGGAAACUCAAUUACUUGAUUAUUGUCAGAUAUUGUUUUAUUGAGUCUUCUGAAUCUGCCUUUUUAAUUGUAUGACUUGUCGACUAUCAUUUACUUCUUUUCCUGUUGCCUGCAUCACCGAGUUGGAGAUAUCAUUGUAUUGGCUCUGUGGCUUUGUGCAUACUUGACACCUCUAGGAACUGAUAUGCUUUUGUUUAUCUCCUUUGUACUCAGUUGCAUGACAUUUUUAGCUGUCAACGUGAUCAUUAUUUACAUAUUCUUGUUCUCGAUCAGUUGAUCUUCACAAGCAGCUUAUAACCUCUGCUACUAGGAAGUAGACCUUUGCUGGUCUUGAAUUCCUCUUUUAAAAUGGUGUGGUAUGUCCGUUGAAUCUUUUUUAGGUUGGCUAUGAUGGCUUCCGAAAGAUUGCUCAUUUUGCAACCCCACAAUUGGGCUCUAAGAAGAGACUAUGGCAUGAUGUUGUACUAUAGUAGGUAAGAGGUUAACUUGUUCAAUAAAUGUUGGUCUUUUGUUACACUUAUGUGAUCUUGUUAACUGUAACCAACCGAGUUUUCUCAAUUCCAGGGAGUAUGAGCAGGCAGUUCAGGAGCUUAGCAUUUGCAUGGUCUUUGCCCCAGAAGAAGAGGAAGCAGUGCUAGAACCAUUUGUUGAGAAACUACACUUACUGCGUCUUGAAUCGUCCUGGAAAUCAUUGGGCAAUAAAGGUCGGCUAACUAUUUCUUGAACCCUCUGUAGAGCUACUGUCCUUUUGCCUAAAUUAUACGUACCCAAGAACGAAGCAUUGUGUGCUGUGGAACUUAGAUGUAACAUUUUUCCAAUUGUUGUAAAUAUCCUGGCACUGUCUUGAUCAACAGUUUUUAGAAAUCAUAUAUUGUAUGUUGAGUUCCGCUCAGACUCGGAGAAACUCCCAGAAUUACCCCGGUUAUGUAGUGACUAUUCUCUCACCAAAGAGAUUUUGGAACUAGUUUUUCCGAUUCUAUUAUCCAAUACCUGUAGCAGCCACCGAAUGCCGUUGCAGAUGUAUUUCUUUUAUAAAAAGGGUAUCAAAGGUGAGAGCUGUUUUGUAGUCACCUUCUUUUCCUUUUUUUUUUUUUUUUUUUUUU